UGAAGUACUUUACACUUGUCAGCUCUUAAAUGGAUCUUCCUGACCCUAUUUCAUGCAGCAGAAGGGCGUAUGUCCGUUGUUAUUCUUGUUCUAAAUAAAAAGUUAGUCAUUAGUGGGCAAUAUUCAUUUUUCUAAGUUCCCACAAUACCUUUAGAAAACCUGUUGUAUACUUAUUCUAAUUACUUGGAUAGCCGAUAAAAGUCACCCUCAAUAAACAAUGUCACCUCGAUGUUAUGGAAUGAACCUCCUUUAGAUGAAGGCGGCCUGAAGCAAUUAUCUGAAACCUAUUGCAGAUUUGUCCUAUUUAGUAGUUCAGAAUUCCGUAAUAAUGGGCGACGACAGCUGGGUUUUCGACAGCCUCGUGGGCUUCCUCAAAGGACCGGUGUGGAAUGUACCCAUCCUCACGUUCAUCGAGCACAAAUCCCUCAUCUUCGAAGCGGAUUCCAACUAUGAGGACAGUUCGAUGGACUAUAAGAAAAUCCACGACGAGUACAAGAACCUGGUAGACUUCAUGCUGGGUUCCUACAUGGAGGAUAUCGGCAUCACGCCAGAGCAGUUCGAAUCCGCGUGCGGCAAGGCUUCCAAAAACAUCAAGUCAAAGUUCCAUCAGUCUUUGUUCGAGCAAGUGUGGGCGGCGGAUGACUUCGACAUCUUCAAGGGCAUGAUGAUCCAGAAGAACAUCGAGCUUCAGCUGCAGGCGCUUGAGAUCCUCCAGCAUCGUUAUGGUCUCGUGCCGCAGAGCUUCGUGGCUGACGGUGCGCUGCCUCCUGACGAGAACGCCAUCAUGGAACAGGUCCUAAAGAAGUCCCUGGAGGAGCACGAGGCGCUGCAGGCGCUGCUGGACGACGAGACGCGCGCCCUCGAGAAGACCAUCGCCGUCAGCGCCGCCGACAAGGAGCGCCUCGAGAAGGAGAAGUGGCAGGAGCACGUCAAGCUGCAGCGCGCCCUCAACAUGCCCGAGCCUGAGGCCGAGGCCAUGCCCGAGGCUCCCGCGGCUGAGGAGAUCAGCGCGGAGGACCUGGAGCGCCGCAAGGAAUACCUGAAGGCGCAGCGUGACAAGCUGCUCGCCAUGAAGCAGGAGGAACGUCUCAAGCAGCUCAAGGAAUACGAGGCGUCGUCCUCCACUGGCCGACCUAAGUCAUCCUACGCGGCCAAGACCGCGUUGUCAGGGUCCAGGAUCGACGCGCAGACGCUGGAGGUGCGUAAAGCGCUGGCCGCGCGUCUCAAGGAGGAGGUCAUCGGGGAAUAAUUCCAUUAAACCUGCCACGCUUUAUUCCAUUAAGCCGGCAUACUUUAUUCCAUUAAAACUGGCCCGCUUUAUUCCAUUAAACCGGCGUACUUAAUUUUACUCGACAAUCAAUCCAUUACAUUUCGAAUAUCGCUCAGUUAUAUAUUAAAUACCACUCUCCUGUUGGGAAUAAUUCCAUUAAACCUGCCAUGCUUUAUUCCAUUAGGCCGGCAUACUUAAUUUUCCUCGACAAUCAAUCCAUUACCCUUCGAAUAUCACUCCGUUGUUUAUUAAAUACCACUCUCCUGUUGGGAAUAAUUCCAUUAAACCUGCCAUGCUUUAUUCCAUUAAGCCGGCAUACUUAAUUUUCUUCGACAGUCAAUCCAUUACAUUUCGAAUAUCACUCCGUUAUUUAUUAAAUACCACUCUCCUGUUAUUUGAACUAGAUUAUUAACACCUCUACUUUCUUUCCGAUUAAUAUCUUUUCACUUAUCGAAAAUUAAAGUUUUUGAACAUAUAGCUUUUAGCCUUCCUGUGUUCUUGGUUAUGUGGGUGAUCGAACUUUCAGUGUAGGCAUUUCUGAAACAUUUCUUACUAUUGGAUUAUUAUAAUGGUGAUCAGCUUGAUUAUAACUUCUUCAUGGAUUACUAAACUUUCCAACCGUUGUAAUUAUAUUCAUGGGAGGGUGCUUAUAGAUCACGACCUAUAACCGCAUAAAAAUCGAGAAAAAUAAAAGUCGUAUGAUGAAUAUUGCCGUCUUAUUUAAAUUUAUAUAAAAACUAAGAAAAUUUAAUACUGAACUUUUAUACGCAUGGUUCUGCGCAACUAUCAAUAUACUAAACCAUCGAUGCUCAAAUAUUAAUCAUGUUAUGUAAAUUUUAUUCAUUUGUUUGAUGUAGUCAGUCAACAAAUAUGAAAUACAUUACACGACAUAAAUUCGCUCUCGGUAAAAAAUGUCAAUUGCUAAGUCUCCAUUGUGUUAGUUAUAUAUUAUGUCUCAAGUGAGCUUAAUUCUCUCCCAUAAUUAGUUUAAGUUAGCAUUGCAUCUUUUCACGGCGUGUUGCACAAUUUUCACGUGUGCGUUGUUAGUUGCAAAUCAUGCGUCUUUUAUCUCAAAGGCUCAUAUUAUAUCAGAUCCUGAUGCCUAUUUAAUCUUAUUAGGUCUGCGUUUAAUUAAUGAACUCGUAUCACAGAUUUCUCUACAAUAAAGAUAUAGGAAGUUGCAUUUUUCAUAGAAUUUUUUUUUUUUCAUGACGCUUUGCCUGACUAACUGACUGUAAAGAAAUCGUACGAAAUAGUCAUAUUUACUGUUAAAAAUAUUGAUCAAAUGAGCAACGAAACGUGGACCACAUGGAUAGGAACUUAAUAAUAUUGAUAUGAAGAUAUGGAUCUGUAGGUUAUUUUCGAAGCGCCCUAUUAUCUCUAAAAUGCAUAGUCUUUUUACGUACCGUUAAUUGAGACUGAAACUUCCUACGUUCUUAUAUAUUUUUUUAGUUACUUUAUAAUCGUAGUCCAUUGAUAAAUUUGAGAAAAAAUUUCAAGAUGCGACAUAGAGUUAACGUUGCUACGAAUGUUAUUCAGAUCAGUAACUUCGACUCUUGCUCUUCGUUAGAAAAUUAUGUGUGUUUUGAAUUAUCUCACUCAUCAAUGUACCUAUCACGAGUGCGGCACAACAUAAUAAAUAAUGUUCGUCUCUAUUCUCUGACAUAUCUGUCCUCAUGUCAUGAAUAAUCAACAUAAAUUGAAAUUAAUAAAAGAUUUCAAACUGGAA